AAAGUGAGAGCCCUGUGCAAUGAAGUAAAUUUACACGGAAUAGGGUAAUCACUGAAAAAAGAAAAUGUGGCCCUUUCCAUGGGAAACACGACAAACACUAACAGAGACAGGAAUGGUCCCUGAACCCAGCAGACCUGUGGGAACAUGGCAUCAUGAGGCUUCGAUGCAGAAAUCAAUAGUGCAGUCCAUCAGAAAAUGGUGGAGACCACGACCCAUAACUCACCUGAUGCCCCUGAGCAGCAAGUUUCUGCCACGAUUCCCACGCUGAAAGUAGAAGCAGCAGAAGUUUCAUUGCCUGUUUGAGAGGGCAAGGGUACUGCCCCAGAUGGCAGCAGAGUGCUCCCAAGUGCCCAAGUGGCUUUCUGGCUUUGCUCAUCUUCCUUCUGAAGUAAUCACUGUUCCAUUGCUGGGAAGAUACCAUGACUAAGGCAACUCUUAUGAAAGAAAGCAUUUAGCUGGUUCUUGCUUACAAUUUUGUUACAAUAGGUUUAGUCUAUUAUCAUUAUGGUGGCAUGUAGGCAGGCCCUGGAGCAGUAGAUGAGAGCUACAUCCAGAAGGAAGAGAGAGAACUUGGCCUGGCAUGUUCUUUUGAAACCCCAAAGCCCAGCCCAAGUGACAAACUCCCUUCAACAAGGCCACACCUCUUAAUCCUUCUCAAUCUUUCAAAUAGUGCCAUCCUGCUGCCUAAGCACUCAAAUAUCUGAGCCUGUGGGCACCAUUCUUAUUCAAACCCCCACACUAUCCCUCACAUCAGUGCACAUGGGCGCCAGUGCUGAACUUCCUGCUUAGCAUUAUUGCUGCUCUGCAGAAUGGUGCUUUAUAGCCUUCAGGCCGAUUAAGAAUAGGCCAGGCAGUGACUGGUUAUGAGGAAAGUCUGUUCAGAGUUGACUCUGGCCUGACUCACCUGCCAGGGUUGACCAGGUGCCCCUGCGCUGCCCUGCCAGGACAAGUCCAUCUGGCUGUGGAUUUGAUUGUGCCUUUGGAUUGAGUUCCUACUGUGUGCCCACCUGCUGAGUGACCCAGUAAUACCUUCCAUGGCCUAGUCUUCUCAUUGUCAGGUGGACACAAAUGCCUCUCUUUGAUGAGGUAAAUGUGAAGGCUAAUAAGUAGGGUCAUAGGUCGAACAGUAUCUGGCAAAGUCAGUGUGGUAGCUUUGUUUCAAAUUUUGUUGUAUUGCCACAGAUGACCACCAGAGGGUGAUGUUAGCACAUAUAUUUGCGAAAAGUUAUCCACCUGGAAUGGUGGUUCACUGUUGCCUGGUUUUGAGCUGUCCCUAAGCUGUGUGGUGGGCGGAGAUUAGUAAGUAUAUAUGAUUAGGGUAAAUCCGCAUCAAGUUAUUUCCUGUUAGCAAGUAGUACUACACAGGGAACACAGCUCCUGUCUACUGUCUCUCCUAAGUUCUAAUUAUUCCUUUGAUUAUAAUGCUGGUUAGGUUGGGGACAGCAAGACUCACAUUUCCUCUCAGCACCCACUAUGAGAAGAGCACGCUGACACCACAGGUCGGCUGAUGUGGCAGGCAACUUGGAAGGCUUUGUUGAAGCUUUGGUGGUGUUAUUAUUUCGAUGGGAGAUCCUUGGCAGCUGGUUAACACCUCUCAGCCCCAGGCUUCUCUUCUAAAACACAGCCAUCUUCAUGUGUAAAUGCUGUAAUCUUUUCUCACCAAAUCAGUCAGAACUCGUGACCCACGUUUCUGAGAAGCAUGGGGAAGAAGGGGUCAAUGUGGAUGACGUCAUCAUUCCCCUCCGGCCUCUGAACACUCCAGAAAACCCCAACCCAAGCAAGGGUGGAGAUGAGUUUUUGGUUAUGAAGAGAAAGAGAGGGAGGCCUAAGGGUUCCACAAAGAAGCCCAGCACUGAAGAGGAGGUGGUAGAAAACCUCGUGAGCCCCAGUGAGGACGGUCCCCUGGCUACAGAGGAAGGGAGCAGACUGGCCCCCAGCAGCUUGGAGUGUAGCAAGUGCUGCCGGAAGUUCUCCAACACACGCCAGCUGCGCAAGCACAUCUGCAUCAUUGUGCUGAAUCUGGGUGAGGAGGAUGGAGAUGCAGGUAACGAGUCAGACCUUGAUCUAGAAAAGACAUACAAAGAAGAUGAUCGAGAAAAGGCUUCAAAAAGACCCCGGGCUCAGAAAACAGAGAAAGUCCAGAAGAUCUCAGGAAAGGAGGCAGGGCAGCUUUCUGGAGCGAAGAAACCCAUCAUCAGCGUGGUCUUAACUGCUCAUGAAGCAAUUCCAGGUGCUACCAAGAUUAUCCCAGUGGAGGCUGGGCCUCCCGAAACAGGAGCACCCCCUCCAGAGACCACUGCAGCAGACCUGGUGCCGCGGAGAGGGUACCAAGAAUACGCCAUCCAGCAGACCCCAUAUGAGCAGCCCAUGAAGUCAAGCAGGUUAGGUCCCACCCAGCUGAAGAUCUUCACUUGUGAGUACUGCAACAAGGUGUUCAAGUUCAAGCACUCUCUGCAGGCCCACCUGAGGAUCCACACGAACGAGAAGCCAUACAAGUGCUCCCAGUGCAGCUAUGCCAGCGCCAUCAAGGCCAACCUCAACGUUCACCUGCGCAAGCACACCGGAGAGAAAUUCGCCUGCGACUACUGCUCCUUCACCUGCCUCAGCAAGGGCCACCUCAAGGUGCACAUCGAGCGGGUACACAAGAAGAUCAAACAGCAUUGCCGCUUCUGCAAGAAGAAAUACUCAGAUGUCAAGAACCUCAUCAAGCACAUCCGGGACAUGCAUGACCCGCAGGACAAGAAGGUCAAGGAGGCCUUAGACGAGCUCCGCCUCAUGACAAGGGAGGGCAAGCGGCAGCUGCUCUACGACUGCCACAUCUGCGAGCGCAAGUUCAAGAAUGAGCUAGACCGAGACCGCCACAUGCUGGUUCAUGGUGACAAGUGGCCCUUUGCCUGCGAGCUCUGUGGCCAUGGGGCCACUAAGUACCAGGCCCUGGAACUGCAUGUCCGAAAGCACCCCUUUGUGUAUGUCUGUGCUCUAUGUCUCAAGAAGUUCGUCAGCUCCAUCAGGCUGCGCUCCCAUAUCCGAGAGGUGCAUGGGGCGGCCCAGGAGACCUUGGUGUUUACCAGCUCCAUCAACCAGAGUUUCUGCCUCCUGGAGCCGGGCGGGGACAUCCAGCAGGAAGCCUUGGGGGACCAGCUACAGCUGGCAGCUGAGGAAUUUGUGUGUCCAGAAAUUGAUGUACGCAAGGAGGAGGCUUGUCCUGGGGAAGCUCAGCCUGAGGUGGGGUUGAGGGAGUUGGUGGUCCCUGGAGAUGCACAUGCCCCUCCACCUGGGCCCUUGGCCACCCCCCAGAGUGAAAGUAGUUCCCUGUCCCCCUGCAAACUAGAAACCACUGUGGUCUCCUCCGACCUCAACUCUCUUGGAGUGGUUUCAGAUGAUUUUUUACUGAAAAGCGAUACCUCCUCUGCUGAGCCUCCCGCUGCUGCCGAGGCAACCUCGGAUACACAGCAUCGAGACUCAGCCCAGACUCAGGGUGAAGAAGUCACACUGCUGCUGGCCAAGGCCAAAAGUGCUGGACCAGACCCAGAGAGCUCUCCGGGUGGAAGGCAGAAGGUGGGUGCUCUGCCAGCCAGUGAAUCUGACUCUAGCACAUGUCUCAGGGCAAACCCAACAGAAGCCUCAGACCUCCUUCCUACAGUGACUGAUGGAGGGGACCUUGGUGUGUGCCAGCCUGACUCCUGCACACCAUCCUCUGAGCACCACCCUGGCAGCACAGCAUUCAUGAAGGUCCUGGACAGUCUCCAGAAGAAGCAGAUGAACACCAGUCUUUGUGAGCGGAUCCGGAAGGUUUACGGAGACCUGGAGUGUGAAUACUGCGGCAAACUUUUUUGGUACCAGGUGCAUUUUGACAUGCAUGUCCGCACCCACACCCGGGAACAUCUGUAUUAUUGCUCCCAGUGUCACUAUUCUUCCAUCACCAAAAACUGCCUUAAACGCCAUGUAAUUCAGAAACACAGUAACAUCUUGCUGAAGUGCCCCACUGACGGCUGUGACUACUCGACUCCAGAUAAAUAUAAGCUGCAGGCCCAUCUUAAAGUUCACACAGAGCUGGACAAAAGGAGUUAUUCUUGUCCUGUAUGUGAAAAAUCAUUUUCAGAAGACCGAUUGAUAAAGUCACAUAUCAAGACUAAUCAUCCAGAGGUCUCCAUGAAUACCAUUUCUGAGGUUCUUGGGAGAAGAGUCCAGCUCAAAGGGCUAAUUGGAAAGCGAGCCAUGAAGUGUCCAUAUUGUGAUUUCUAUUUCAUGAAGAAUGGCUCAGACCUUCAGCGGCACAUCUGGGCUCAUGAGGGUGUGAAGCCCUUCAAGUGUUCUCUGUGUGAAUAUGCAACUCGUAGCAAGAGCAACCUCAAAGCUCAUAUGAAUCGUCACAGCACUGAGAAGACCCACCUCUGUGACAUGUGUGGCAAGAAAUUCAAAUCCAAAGGGACACUGAAAAGUCAUAAGCUCCUUCACACGUCUGAUGGGAAGCAAUUCAAGUGCACGGUGUGUGACUACACAGCAGCCCAGAAACCCCAGCUGCUGCGACACAUGGAGCAGCAUGCCUCCUUCAAGCCUUUCCGCUGUGCUCACUGUCAUUACUCUUGUAACAUCUCUGGAUCUCUGAAAAGACACUACAACAGGAAGCACCCCAAUGAGGAGUACACCAACGUGGGCAGCGGGGAGCUCGCAGCUGAAGCCCUCAUCCAGCAAGGUGGUCUGAAGUGUCCUGUUUGCAGCUUUGUGUAUGGAACCAAAUGGGAGUUCAACAGACACUUGAAGAACAAACAUGGCUUGAAGGUAGUGGAGAUUGAUGGAGACCCCAAAUGGGAGCCAGCAGCAGAGACUCCCGAGGAGCCCUCCACCCAGUAUCUCUACAUCACUGAAGCUGAAGAUGUUCAGGGGACACAAGCAGCUGUGGCUGCACUUCAGGACCUGAGAUAUACCUCCGAGAGUGGUGAUCGACUUGACCCCACCGCUGUGAAUAUCCUGCAGCAGAUCAUUGAACUAGGUUCGGAGACCCACGAUGCUGCUGCUGUGGCCUCUGUGGUUGCCAUGGCGCCCGGCACAGUGACUGUUGUAAAGCAGGUCACCGAUGAGGAGCCCAGUUCCAACCACACAGUCAUGAUUCAGGAGACUCUCCAGCAGGCCUCCGUGGAGCUGGCCGAGCAGCACCAUCUGGUGGUGUCCUCUGACGACGUGGAGGGCAUAGAGACAGUGACGGUGUACACACAGGGUGGGGAGGCCUCAGAGUUCAUCGUAUACGUGCAAGAGGCUGUACAGCCCGUGGAGGAGCAGGUUGGGGAGCAGCCAGCCCCAGAACUCUAGAAUCCCUGCCUCCUGUGGCAGCCAGCCUUGGUGGCCCUGGAGACCACCUAACCCACCAGACCCAUCUGUGCUCUUCUUGUCUACUGGCCCAGAUAGAGUUCUCUGUAGUGUCCUUUGUGUGGUCAAAGCCAGCACACCACCAGCAAUACAGAAUCCUAGUCCUCAGUACAAAUCACAUCCUGACCCAGGACCCUCUGUUUCCAGGAGACCUUCCCAUCAGUUCUCCUGUCCUACGCCUUCCUUGCUUCAAGAUCCGGAGACUCCUCUCCCCAUCUGCAUCAUCUCUGAUUAUAACCCCAGCCCUUUGCAUCCCUACUACCUGGUGCUCACCUUCUGCAGGGGCCCACUGUGCUGUCUGUGAGAGGACGACAGAUAUCACACAGCAAGUGGCCUUAUGUCUUUUGAGUUAACCACUGGGUAGGGUGGGGCAGGGCCUUCCAAGCAUUCUCCACAGAGCCCUGCCCUCCUCAGUGCAAGGACACUGGGAACAAAUGAGUGACCCAUAGUCCUCUAUCACAAGGGCCCAGCUUGGAAUUCUUUUUGCUUUUGAAAUAAAUGCAUUUUCUCACCCCCCCCCCCAUUUAGGGGGGGUGGGUGAAAUAAAAGCA